GUUACUAGUGAUUAAAACUCGUAGUGGAUUUGUUAAAAAAAUAAGAAAUCGAAAGUGUUUAUAAGAAAAGACAAACCAUACAAAUCCUUGGUUUAAUUUAAUGAAAGCUAAGAUACACCUCCAAAACUAUCAGUGAUAAAGGACCCCUAAGAACGUAACUCAAUUCGAGUAUUAUUGUGAUUCAAACAAAAAAAAAUUGUACAAUAUGAAGCCAACAACAAACAAGUUCGCGUUGGCCGCCUAUUUUGCGCUGACUAACUGCAUACUAGCAGUUCAAGCAGAUCCACAACUUGACUUACCACCCAUCAACCCCGACACUCAGGUACCCGAGUCAUUUUACAAUGCCCCCACACCUAGAACACCAACGAAUCCACUGCAAGUACUCGGUGAUUUCGAUCGUAGUCAACGCUAUGGACCACCCUACGCGGGUGAUGGACUUAACGAUGAUGGUGCAGAUGAUUUUAGAAAUGGACAAACAUAUGAUGAGCGCAUGCGUUACGGCUAUCCUUAUCCUACGCGUUGGCAGAACUUCUCACGUCCCGUUGCCGAUUCACCGUUUAGUGACUACAACAACAAUAAUUUAGAUCAACAACAACAACAGCGUGAUAACCAACGUUAUGCCAAUCAUAAUUAUGAUAAUCCCAAUGAUCGCUUAAAUAGUAACAAUCGUUUUGCAGACGGUUUUGAUGAUCGUCAACGGGAGCGUGAACAGAAUCGUUUCAAUAAUAAUCCAAAUAAUGAUUAUAAUGCACGAUUUAAUGGCGCUGCAGUACCAAAUGGCGAUCCAAAUAUUCCUUAUGAUCCAAACAACCGGUUUGCUAAUGAGCGCAAUCGAUUUGAGAAUCCUUAUCGUACAAAUCAAGAUCGUUUCAAUUUAAAUAAUGAACGUUAUUUCGAGAGGCAACGUUUUCAGGAGGAUCGUAGAUAUCAAAUUGAAUUGGAAAAAUUACGUAAUCUUUUGGUAGAGACGGAUCAAAGGGGUUCUUUGGAAUGUACAGCAAAUGUGGCGGCGCAGUGGAAUUUCGAGACAAAUGUGAAUGAGAUAACACAAGCGGAAGCGCUCAAUACUCAACAACAUUAUGUUGACUUCCUACGUUUGGUCGCAGAACAAUCAAAAACCAUAAAUAAGGAUCUAAUACUCGAUCGUCGUCUCUAUCGGCAAUUGAUGUUACAAUCUGAGGCUGGACCCAAUGCAUUGCCCAUAGAAACAUUGGAUCGUUACAAUCGCUUGAUCAAUGAAAUGUUGUACAUCUACAACGAGGCAACCAUUUGCGCCUAUCAGCAGCCCUUUGUUUGCAAUCUGCGCUAUAUACCCGAACUGAAGGAGAUAAUGUCGAAAAGUCGGGAUUGGGAUGAGCUACAGCAUACGUGGGUGGAGUAUCAUCGUAAGGCUGGACGUGAAAUGCGUGAUGGCUACGAGCAAUUGGUGGACGUGAUGGCUGAAGUAGCUUAUGUGAAUAAUGUCACCAAUGGAGGUGAAUUCUGGUAUCUACCCUAUGAGUCGGCGAACUUCAGACAGGAUGUUGAAAAUGUUUGGGAACAAAUACGCCCACUUUACGAGCUUUUGCACUCUUAUGUACGUCGCAAGUUGCGCGAUUAUUACGGACCCAAUCGUAUCAAUCGAAUUGCACCAAUACCCUCACAUAUACUCGGAAAUAUGUAUGCACAAUCGUGGACGAACAUUUUAGAUAUUGUCAUACCAUAUCCCGGCCGCAAAUUAGUCGAUGUUACGCCACGCAUGAUUGAACAAGGUUAUACGCCCGUGUUAAUGUUUCGCUUGGCUGAAGAGUUUUUCACUUCAAUCAAUAUGUCCGCUGUGGGUCCGGAUUUCUAUCGUAACUCGUUGUUGGAGCAACCAGUGGAUGGACGACGUGUGUUUUGUGAGCCCUCCGCAUGGGAUUUCUGCAAUCGUCACGAUUUUCGCGUUAAAGUUUGCUCGGAGAUUAGUCAGAAGGGCUUGCUGAGUGCACAUCACGAGAUGGCGCAUAUUCAGUACUUCUUACAAUAUCGCCAUUUGCCGAAGGUGUUUCGUAAUGGUGCCAAUCCAGCUUUUCAUCAGGCAAUCGGCGAUGCCAUAAUGUUAUCAAUAUCGACUUCCAAACAUUUUCAAACGAUUGGUUUGUUGCAACGCUCAGUAGAUGAGUCGAGUUACGACAUAAACUACCUCAUCACUAUGGCAUUGGAUAAGGUGGCAUUUUUGCCCUACGCUUUGGCUCUGGAUAAUUGGCGUUACGAUGUCUUCAGCGGAAAUACAAAUAAACAUAUGAUGAACUGCCACUUCUGGAAUCUUAGAGAACGUUAUGGUGGUAUUAAACCACCAGUACUGCGCUCCGAAAAAGAUUUCGAUUUGGGCGCGAAAUAUCACGUACCUGCGAAUAUACCAUAUAUUAAAUACUAUGUUUCAACCAUUCUUCAGUUCCAAAUAUAUCGUGGAAUGUGUCGCGUUAGUGGCCAAUAUGUACCUGGAGAUCCACGCAAGCCACUACAUCGUUGUGAUAUUUAUCGGCAUCCGGAGGCAGGAAAUUUAUUGAAACGCAUAAUGGCGAAGGGUGCCUCUCAACCUUGGCAAACGGUGCUUGAGGAAACACUUGGCGAAGGUCGACUGGAUGGCACAGCGCUGCGUGAGUACUUCGCACCGCUCGAGGAGUGGCUACGGCUCGAGUCAUUGCGCACAAAUGAAUAUGUGGGUUGGAAUUAUGAUGGUGACUACUGUAGGCGCAGCAUAGAAACAGCGAAUCUGCAAGUGACAGGCGGUUACUACAAUGUCGCCACAGGCCCAGUUAUAAUGCAGAUGCCGAUAAUGUUGUUCGUUUGUUGGUUUAUGGGUUUUUUGUGGCAUAGAACUUGAAAGGACCAAAAGAUUGAAAUAUGCAGUAUAAGCUAAUUUUAUUUUUGUUGGUUAUUACUUGUCUAAUUAUUAUUAUUAUUAUGAUUCAUACAUAUUUAUUUUAUUCCUCUUUUUCUACAAGUUGGAUCAUAUCUUUAAGCUUAAAGUUAUUGGUUAAUAAUAAAUAUAAUACUUAA